GCAUGCGCCCUGCAUCCCUCACGCCUUCUUCCAGGUCCAGAGCGCUGCUCUCAGUCUCUCUGUCUGUGAACGAGGAUGCGCAGCACCGCGAUCCGGCGGAACCAACACGGUUUAAACCGAACGGCGGAGGACUGAACGAACACACACACACACACACACAAUAGAAUUACGUAGUUUGUUUCGGUAGAGAAGAACAAAAGCCCACGUCUGUUAUGGAAUUAAAGAAGUCCAUCGCGGACAACGAGAGGAGCUACGGCGCCGUGCGCGAGACCAAAUGGAGCAAAGACGAAGGUCAGAUGGACGUUUCCAUGGCUGAGAGCUCCAUGUCUCCGGAUGAAAUCGAGAUGGAGAUGGCCAGGAUCCAAAGGCUCAGGGAGGUGCUCGUCAGAAGGGAGUCUGAACUCCGUUUUAUGAUGGAUGAUAUUCAGCUGUGUAAAGACAUCAUGGACCUAAAGCAGGAGCUGCGUAAGAUUGUGGCAGUGCCAGAAAAGGAAAAGAGUAAGAAGCACCGGCAGAAGGAAGAAGAACUAAUUCAGAAGAUCCAUAAGCUGGUGGAAAAGAGGGAUUUCCUGGUGGACGAUGCUGAGGUUGAGAGAUUGAGGGAGCAGGAAGAGGACAAAGAGAUGGCUGAGUUCCUCAGACUCAAGCUCAUGCCGCUGGACAAACUGGCCAGAGUUACACAGAGUCCUCCAAAAGUGAAAAAACCAACCCCAGAACCUCCACCAAACAAACCGUCCAUCACCAAGAGCAGCGUAGCGGUCAUAAAGGACUGCUGUGGAGCUACGCAGUGUGCCAUCAUGUAAAACCUCUGUAUGCCACAGUUAGUUUCAGGAAGACAGAAUCUUAUUUGGGGUUGAUCAGGUUGCUAUAGGGUUUUUUUUCUUUUUUUCUUUCAUAUCAUUGCAUAGCAGAUGUGGUGCCAUUGCUCAUUUUAGAAGUGCCAUGACUCAUGUAAUAAAUAAUUUUCUCUGCAUUAGAGCAUUUUUAUUGUGUAUAUAAACGAGUUGAUGUGAUUCGGCGCUCGGUUACGAGUCCCACUCAGAAAGUUCUAGAAGUUUAACGGAGUUCUGGAACAGCUGGAUCUUUUUGAGAAUUCUGUUUUAUUUAGUAAGGAGAUGGGGAAAUGCUUUGGUGAAUUCCUGAACUCUUCUUUCAACGCUUGUAGGCAUUUCAUUAUGGAGAUGAAACUCUUGCGUUUUGGAACGACAAAUUCCACUUCAGUAACGAUCUCUUGCAUUUAUUAGAGUGUGUUUUACAGACAGAGCUGGAUGCGGUGCAUAACUGCUCCUCUUUCAACACAAAACUGUCUGCUCCAUUUCACCUCUAUAGAGAUGGUAGACUGGAACGGAGCUACAGUAUCUUUAGCAUCAGAGCUCUGGCACAGUGGUUUUUCAUUGCUAUGGCAACAUCUCAAGUUAAACACAUGGCCAUCACAAGAAAACAUAUCUGAACAAUGUGAAGCUUUUAACGAUUACUGUUGGCGGAAAAAUAUCACAGUUUUAAUAAUAAUGUCAAACUAAUCAAAAUUAUGUUUAAAUUCUGAGCAAAUCUUUUUUUUUAUAAGAUGCCCAUACAAAAUUGAUUGAUUCUUUGCCUAUGUCUACAUGUAUACAUUGUAAUGACUUUCAACAUGAAGAAUGGAAAAGCAGUCCUUUUAUGCAAGUUAAGAAAUUUUGAGCAGGAAAUGACGUCAAUAACCGAUUGUGUAUCAAUACUAUACAUCCUUUAUGUAUACAGGAUGUGUAUGCAUUUCCUUGUAAAAACCUGGAAGCAACAACCUGGAAGCAUUUCACAAUUAAUAAUAAAAACAAAUUUGAGUGCAAACUGCUCAGAAAAAGUCAGUGGGUGUGGCCACAAAAAUUGUAUUCACAACUGUAGUGCAGUCUGUGGUACAUAUCUGUGUGAGUGAGCUUUAGAAAAAGAGGACUAAAAAGAGCACGAGAGAGAGAGAGAGAGAGAGAGAAAGAGCUUUAAAAAGGAAAAAAAAGAAAGACCACAAGAAUGACAAAGAGCACGCAAAAAAAAAGGAAAAUAAUAAGCGACAAAAAGAAAGACAAUAAAUAUACCAGACUAUGAAAGAUAUUGAAUAGGGAAUGUUUAUGAUGCUGUAAUUUAGUCCAACACUUUAAUCAGCUGCCCCACUACAAAGAUUUGUACUAAUGUUUGUUUAGAAGAGCACAAGCUGAGUAUGUAUAUAUUGGUUCCGAGACGAGACAUUACUUGUUUUCAAAAAGUUACUAACGGGUACACAUGCGUGCACGCACACAUACACAGUUUAUGAGCUUGAGUACUGUGCUUACCCUUUUGCAGUUGAGCACCUCGAUAUCACAGCUAGCACACUCACCUUACCAUCUUUUUUAUUUUCACUGCAAAACAUUUGCUGCAAAUUGACUUGAAUCUACUGCAAAUUUUUCUCAUCUUCUUUGCCGUGAUUCUUCAAAAAAAAUCAACAGCCAUGUCAGAUUUCGUUUCCAUGCCUGUAAACAGAACACUUUCCCAUUAACACAGGGUGUUAAUGUGUUACUUUCCUGCUUGCAAGUACUUUACAUUGUUGCUGUACUCACCUCCUCAUCGUUCACGUUCAGUGCUUGUGAGCUUUUUUCCAAAGCUACAAAAGAUCAAACUGCAAAUUACACAAAAAAACCCUUCCUUUGCAGCGGAGUGUCAAAAGGUCUUUAUGUAAAGCGUGAGUCAACAAGCACGCAGACAUUAUUUGUAAAUACGUGUUCCAAUAAAAGCAUCUUUCUGGA